AUGAGCGAUAGGCUACUAUGGCUGUGUCUUGGCGUUACCUUAUUCUUUGCCGUGCGCGGAAUCGCUGCCGAUCUCCACCAAGUAAACGAGUUGACCGAAAUCAAGAACGAUGAUAAUGAUGACAAGAUACUCAAUGAGGGCACAGAAGAUGCCCUCAAACUAGAUACUUUGUUGAAACUCUCCAAGAGCACAAGUUAUGACCUUCGUUCCGCUGCGCUGCGCAUAAUCGCCGAGCGAUCUGUAAAAGGGGAUACGAAAGAUUUGCUACUCGAAGACCUAGCCAGCAAGAAUCCCGAGAGACGAAACAAAGCAAUAUCAGCAGCGUUCUUUCUUGUCUCAAACCGAGCCCUUUCACGAACGUCUGUGUGUUCCCAAUUGAAAGACGUAUCAACAUACACUGCGCUAGUCGACUGCCUUUGCAAUCUGCUUGAGGAACACACCGAAAUAACCUCCGGAACGAUAUCUCCGAUAUUCCCCAGAACGCGCCCCCGUUUUGAACUAAAGGCUAUGAGGACGCUCAACAUACUUCUUCAAGAGAAUAUUCCUGCUGCGCUAGAGGCGGGUAUCAUCAGCCGAUGGCUUGCCGACUACCCGUUUCCAUGUGCCUCGGCAGAACCCUCUCGGCGACAGGAUGUGGUAAUUCUUAUGAAGACGUGGUGGUCCGACGACGCGGCCAUGAGCAACAUAUUCAAUACGUUAUCAUCACAUCCAGAAGGGGCAAAACAGCUUCGGAAGCACGGUUUGAUGGGUAGCAUGUUGGAAGAAAAUGAUCAUGAUGAAAUAAGCGACAACGAAGGCGCGGAUGGGGAAAGCGACGUGUGGAUGGUGGAUGGCGACGACACUGCCGGUUCAAGGCCAGUUCUGGGUCGGCGGCCUCGGGAGCGCAACCCAGAAGAGCAAGCUUUAAGGAGGCGCAGACGAGAGGCCAUGGUAUUGAGUGACGGAAGGCGUCCGCUAGGCCGCGACGACAUCAUACAACUUCCCAUCUCAGGUUGA